GGGGCCGGCGGCGCGGGGACGAGAGCCCGGCCCGACGUCGCCAUGAGCGCCGCGCUCUUCAGCCUGGACGGCCCGACGCGCGGCGCGCCCUGGACGGCGGAGCCGGCCCACUUCUACGAGCCGGGCCGCGCGGGCAAGGCCGGCCGCGGGGCAGAGCCGGGCGCCGCCGGCCCCGCCAUGUACGACGACGAGAGCGCCAUCGACUUCAGCGCCUACAUCGACUCCAUGGCCGCCGUGCCCACGCUGGAGCUGUGCCACGACGAGCUCUUCGCCGACCUCUUCAACAGCAACCACAAGGCGGGCGCGGCGGGCGCCGGCGCGGGCUCCCCGGAGCUGCUGCCGGGCGGCCUCGCGCGCCCUCCGGGGCCGGGCCCCGCCGCCCCGCGCCCGCUCAAGCGCGAGCCCGACUGGAGCGACGGCGACGCGCCCGGCUCGCUGCUGCCCGCGCAGGUGGCCGCGUGCGCGCAGACCGUGGUGAGCCUGGCGGCCGCCGCGCAGCCCACGCCGCCCGCGUCGCCGGAGCCCCCUCGCGGCAGCCCGGGACCCGGCCCCGCGCCCGGCCCCGCGCGGGAGAAGGGCGCCGGCAAGAGGGGCCCGGACCGCGGCAGCCCCGAGUACCGGCAGCGGCGGGAGCGCAACAACAUCGCGGUGCGCAAGAGCCGCGACAAGGCCAAGCGGCGCAACCAGGAGAUGCAGCAGAAGCUGGUGGAGCUGUCGGCCGAGAACGAGAAGCUGCACCAGCGCGUGGAGCAGCUCACGCGGGACCUCGCCGGCCUCCGGCAGUUCUUCAAGCAGCUGCCCAGCCCGCCCUUCCUGCCCGCCGCCGGGGCGCCCGACUGCCGGUAACGCGCAGCCCGUGAGACUCGAACGACCAAUACCUCAGCCCCGACGGCCAGGAGCCGAGCGCCCCGCUGGAGGCCGGAGACCGCGCCCCGCGGCCGCGGCUCCUCUGGGACGGGUGAGAGCAGGGAGAACACCGCUUGGACUCGCCGCCCCUGAACGUCGAGAGAACUCAGAUGUGUUUAUUUUCCCUUAAAUUAUUUUUAUAAUGGUAGCUUUUUCUACAUCUUACUCCUGUUGAUGCAGCUAAGGUACAUUUGUAAAAGGAAAAUGACUUUCAGAACAAUCCUUUGUAUUGUAGAUAAGAGGAAAAGACUGAGCAUGCUCACUUUUUUAUAUUAAUUUUUACAGUAUUUGUAAGAAUAAAGAAGCAUUUAAAACCACCCACCCCGAUUCCUGUAUUGACAGUGACCUCGCAAGCCGGUGGCCCCAAGGGGAAGGGUCCAGUCCAGCAUCACGGCGGGUACAGCGUGGCACCGGGGAGCUGCUGGACCCAGGCGUGUUUUUCCAAGGGGAAACCAAGUUCUUAGAAGAGAGGGUCUGCUUUGUUUUGAAACAUGCCAAAGUCUACCUCCUAAUGUUGUUACUUGCCUGAGAUGGGUGAAGCAUGACUAAGCUGAUGUUCAGCUGGGCAGCUUUCCUUUGGAAGGUGCCAGACGAGGGGCUGGCGGACCGCCCCUGCAGCUGACUUGAGGGCCCUCUAGAGAACAGCCCAAGAACCCCCUAACUUUUGUUGGCUGCAGGAGGAGGUAGAGGGUAGAGGGCAGGGUUAUCCGAACAGUUUGUUUGAAUCAUCUCUAGCUUUCAUGGGACUUUGCUUUCACUUUCCUCAGGCGUAGGAAUUCUUCGCGUGGAUUUUCAAAAUGUGCACAAAUACAACAAAAGAUAUAGUAGACAAAAAGGACAGUUAAAAAGCUCCUGAAAAUGAGCCACCUUGCCAGUAAUUGUACUAUUGCAAAGCUUAAUAUGGACAAAUAAAACUUCUGCCUUUCCCCCAAUAAAAGUGGGUACGAAGCACCUUCCCUUGGUCUGGCUACUAAGUCUGUAUUAUGUAAAUAAUUAACCGUGGCCUGUCAUGAUUAUAUUGUUGUAAGGAAGGAAACACAAAAUCUCUAGUGUCCAAAGAUAAUUAAUUCAUGGUUUUAGUUGCAAUUUAAUCUCUGCCAACAGAGCAAACAAUAACCAGUCACCCCUCCUGAGUCUGUAAUCUUGGUUCUCUGCACAGUACCCAGCCUGUUUACAUAGGCCUUGCUAGAGGGAACUCUAUCUCCGUAUAGUAUAACUAAUCACGCGGGUUAACUUAUCUACAUUUUAUGGGUAACAGUUUUACCUUUGACAUAAUUCCCCAGAACAUUUUCCCAAAAACACCGAACUGCAAAGCAAAGCACUUAGAUGGACAUUUAUUGUAGCAGAACAGUAACAUCACAAAAUAGGAUAAAGGUUUAAGCUUUGGGGAGAAAGUUAAAAACAUACUAUAAGAAAAACAUGUUAAAUCAUGGCAAAAUUUUAAACACUUUACAAUCAAGAUUUCUUUCUGCUAUAUUAAUCUUGUUGUUUAAAAUAAAUACAAUAUGAAGGGACUUCAAGCUUAUUUAGGCUUUAAUACCGUGUUCCUAAAGUUGCAGAAAGAAUAAAAAAUACAGAACCUAGAAAAAGGUAUUUUGAUUUAUAGUUUACAAAGCCCUGUUACUAACAUUUGCCCCAGAAAAAUCUAAGUUCCAUUUCAAGAUCAUAAACUACAUUCACUCUGCUAUAGUUAACAAAUAACUACCCCAAAGGGUACACCACCACCACCACCCCAGCAGCCACGUCACAGAGUCCCUACGGCAAUGGGCGGUGUUCCACACAGGCUCUUCCUGCUCUCAGAAGCUCGAUUUCCUCCAGUCCAGCACAGCUAGCAGGGUGGGUAGUUAUGGACUGGACAAAACAAUUUAAGAACUCCACCUCUGUUCCGAGGAUACUCUUUACUUCAUAAGUCUGCAGUGAUAAAAGACAUGCUGGUUAAAGCAAAUAGAGUUAGCUCUGGACAUUCUGUUUCCAACACACAGAACAGAGAGGGCCCAUUCUCCAAGUCUGCCACCUUCUACCCUUCAAAUGGUGCAGACAACAUUGGUAAAGGAGGAGGAAAGUGAAGGGCUGCUCUAAAAGCCUAUUUCUCAUGGCAAAUGAAGGAACCACUUUUUUCCUGAUAACUGAAUUAUGUUCCCAUGCAAGGAACAUUUAAACAUUUAAGUUGAUAUUUAUUAGUGGAUGCAACAAUAAGCAGCUCCCAGCUGACAGCCUGAGAAGAACAACUUGGAGA